AUGAUUCCAAUUCGAGUUCUGCUGUUACUUUCCUUAAGUGUUGCCGCUCUUGCUGGGCGCUCUACCAAACCCAACUUCAUCUUCAUCAUUACCGACGAUCAAGACUUACAUUUGAACUCGCUCGACUACCAACCUGCUGUGCAGAAGCAUUUCGCCCAGGAAGUCCUGAUUGACCCCGGAACCUACGUCUUCUACAACUCAACCAUGACACGUAACCACGACGUGUACAGAAACCUACCAGGAGAAUACUCAACCGACCUCGUAGCCAACGCCGCAGUCUCCUUCCUAGACGAAGCCAUCGCAGCACCAGACCGGCCUUUCUUCAUCGGCGUCGCACCCAUAGCCCCCCACUCAGAAACAAUUACCAACCCACGCCCUACAAAGUUCAACCUACCCGUCCCCGCAAAGCGACACGAACAUCUCUUCCCCGACGUAAAAGUACCCCGAACACCAAACUUCAACCCCUCAAAACCAGGAACAGCAUCCUACUUCUCCACGCUCCGCCCGCUCAACGCCUCAGAAAUCGCGUACAACGACGCCUGGUACCGCGCACGCCUGCAAACCCUCCAAUCCGUCGACGACCUCAUCGAGUCUAUCAUGAACCGUCUGAGCAAAAACCCCGAGGUACUGGAAAACACUUAUCUGAUUUAUACAACCGACAACGGCUUCCACAUCAGCCAACACCGGCUCCCGCCCGGUAAAUCCUGCGGCAUAGAAGAAGACAUCAACAUCCCGUUCUUCAUCCGCGGCCCGGGCGUUGCUAAAGGCGCAGUGAUGGAUAUACCGAGUAGUCAUACGGAUAUCGUGCCUACGCUGUUUCAUCUCGCUGGUAUACCACCCCGGGAGGAUUUUGACGGAGAGGUUAUUCCUGUUACGGGGGAGAUGCAGGAAAAGGGUGAGGGUGGGAAGAGUGAGCAUGUUAAUGUUGAGUUUUGGGGGGAGUAUCUUGUGGAAGGGAAUACGUUUUAUGGGCGGGAUGUGUGGGCAAACAAUACGUAUAAGACGGUGAGGGUGGUGGGGGAGGAGUAUGAUUUGAGUUAUACGGUUUGGUGUACGAAUGAGCGGGAGCUUUAUGAUAUGAAGACCGACCCCUAUCAACUCACCAACCUCCUCUCCACACCCAACACAACCACCUCCUCCAGUGCAUCCACAUCCUCCUCUUCCUCCCUCACCUCCACAAACUCCUACCCCAUCCUCCCCCUAACCGCCCGCCUCGACGCCCUCCUCCUCACGCUCAAGCGCUGCAAAGGCCGUGUGUGCACGCGACCAUGGGAGAAAUUGCAUCCCAAGGGUAAUGUACGCAACCUGAAAGAUGCGAUGCAUGAGAGGUACGAUGUGUUUUACCUAGAGAAGCAGAAGAAGGUUAGCUUUGAUGAGUGUGCCAAAGGACAGAUUUUGAGCGUUGAGGGGCCGCUGGAGCCGGUGGCUUGGAGGGAGGAGUGGGAUGAGUGGAGUUGGGCUACGUAG